CUUGAAAAUUACAACAGCCAGGGGUCGCCCGUCGUUCGGCGUCGUUACUGACCUUUGAACCCAGCUCACGUGAUACGCGCAAGCCACCGCCCACUUUCUUUUCUGCCAGCAUCGCAGGGGAGAAAGAUGCCUGCAGUUUUAUCCAAAGUGGCUCCCUUGAUAAUCCAGCCUCGCGUGCUAGUGUCGUUGAGUGCAUUAGUAGCUGGACUGGGUAUCUACGUCACGCAGCGGAGGCAUGGCAACAAGUUCAAGGAUAGCAAGCACCUUCCGUCAUCGGCAAAAUCAAAAAGCGAGAGAGCGGCAGUAGACGCAAAGUUCAUUUCUCAACUGCUGAGACUAAUAAAAAUCAUCAUCCCCGGUCCCUUCACUCCUGAGGUUGGCUAUUUGCUAAUGAUAGCAGUGAUGCUGGUGUCCAGGACCUAUGCUGACGUGUGGAUGAUCCAGAAUGGAACAGCUAUCGAGGGCUCCAUCAUAGGACGAAGCAUGGAGUCCUUCUUAAAAAACCUGUCCAAGUUUGUAUGUGCCAUGCCCAUUAUUGCUCUGAUAAACAGCCUCCUCAAGUACAGUCUUGAUGAGCUGAAGCUGCGGUUUCGCUCGCGUCUCUCUCGUCACUUCUACAGCAGAUACAUGAGUGGUUUCACGUUCUACAAGAUGUCAAAUCUGGACAGUCGAAUCAGCAAUGCCGAUCAGCUACUUACUCAGGAUGUGGAGAAAUUUUGUGAUACUCUGGCUGAGCUCUACUCCAACAUCUCCAAGCCUAUCCUGGAUAUCACACUGUACGUGUACAAACUUACGGGCAGCAUUGGAGCACAGGGUCCUAUGACGAUGCUGGCUUAUCUCGCUCUCUCGGGAUUUCUCCUGACAAAACUGCGGUCGCCCGUGGGCCCAAUGACAGCUCAUGAACAGCACCUGGAGGGACAGCUGCGCUUUGUCAACUCCCGCAUCAUCACCAACAGCGAAGAGAUCUCGUUCUACCAGGGAAACGUCCGAGAGAAAGUCACCAUCUACAGCACCCUUGACCAGCUGAUUGAUCAUCUGAGGAGUUUCGUGCUGUUUCGCUUCUCAAUGGGAUUCAUAGACAGCAUGGUGGCCAAGUAUCUGGCGACAGUGGUGGGGUAUUACGCGGUGAGCAGACCGUUUCUCAACCUCUCUCAUCCUCGACACUCCAACACCACCCACAGCGAGAGGAUGAUGGACUACUAUAGCAGUGGCAGGAUGUUGGUAAGGAUGGCACAGGCUAUUGGCAGACUGGUCCUAGCUGGUCGUGAGCUGACGCGACUUGCAGGGUACACCACAAGGAUGUCACAGCUCUCAGUGGUUCUGAGAGACCUCGAGAGGGGAGUCUAUGAGAGGACUAUGGUGGCCAGUGAAAACCAACAGGAAUCAGAUAAUGGAAAUGUACGUCCGUCUAUACCACUGGUUCCCGGGAGUGGAGAGAUCAUCGAAACUGAUCACGUCAUUAGAUUUGAGGGGGUUCCCCUCGUUACCCCCAACGGCGACGUCAUCAUUAGGUCGAUGGACUUUGAAGUAAAGGGUGGGAUGAAUGUCCUGGUGUGUGGACCCAAUGGCUGUGGGAAGAGUUCCCUCUUCCGAGUUCUAGGAGAACUGUGGCCGCUGUUUGGCGGGAAGUUGGUGAAGCCCCACAGGAGCAAGUUGUUCUACGUCCCGCAGCGGCCGUACAUGACCCUGGGAACUCUGCGAGACCAGGUGACCUAUCCAGACUCUGUGGAUGACCAGGCCAGGAGAGGAGUCACUGACCAAGCCCUAGAAGACUUCCUCGCCAAGGUUCACUACAUAUUUCACUAAUUUCGAGAAAUCCUGAAAUCCGCAAAGGUUUUAGCAUUCCAUGUACACAUUCGUGAAACAUAAUUUGAUUCAUGCAAGUAAGUUUUUUUUGUUGCAAAAAGUUACUUUUGGGUAGGUAGAUGAGAGAGAGGUGUUACGUGUGUGUGUGUGUGUGUCUACAGGUGCAGUUGUCAUACCUCCUGGAGAGAGAAGGAGGGUGGGACUCCGUCCAGGACUGGAUGGACGUCCUCAGUGGAGGAGAGAAACAGAGAAUGGCCAUGGCACGGUUGUUUUAUCACGAGCCGCAGUUUGCCAUUCUGGACGAGUGCACCAGUGCAGUCAGUGUGGACGUCGAGGGUUUCAUAUACUCUCACUGCAGAGAAAGAGGGAUCACACUGUUCACAGUCUCACAUAGAAAAUCUCUGUGGACACAUCACGAGUAUGUACUACAGUUUGACGGAAGAGGAGCUUAUGAAUUCAAGGCCAUCGACGCCGACACUGAAGAAUUCGGUUCCUGAAAAUUACAUCUGCCACGUGGAAAGAACACACCAUUAGCAUGACUGUACAUACUUAUAUAGGUAUAUAUAAUAUUAUUACAGAGUAAUAUUUAUUGUUUUAUAUAUAUCUGUGGGUCAGGUAGCAGCUACAUAUUAUUAUAGUGGCUGUCUUGUUAUAGUUCCAUGCGUGGUUUGUCCAGCAAGUAUCUGACGGCCUGGCGAAUGGCGGAAAAAUCUCCCUUCUCCGAAAAGUAUUGCCUCACGGCCCCACUUCUGUCCCACCAGGUAUUUCCCAAAAUUCCACUGGGGCAGCGUUCGCGUAGACUCGUGCAGAAAUGAGUACACGGCACUCGCGUCUCUUCCCGAGACGUCGACCUUGGAGAAGAGUGGGAAAUUUAUUCCGUAGCUUCGGGUGAAUUCGGUUAUUUCAGCCAUCGACCCAGGCUCUUGUUCUCCAAACUGGUUGCAGGGGAACGCUAGGACUG